CUGCCGGAAGUGAGGAUCUUCGUCUGAGGGACGCCACCUCAGGCUACCAGAACCCCAAGACUGGUUGGGUAUCAAGGUGCCCACCUCCUGCACCCUCUUGCCUGCUGCCCCUAAGCACGGUCAUCAUGCCUCGCGGUCAGGCGAGUAAGCGCCGUGCCCGUGAGAAACGCCGCCAGGCUCGAGGUGAAGACCAAUGUCUCAGGGGUGCUCAAGCCACCGCAGCAGAGAAGGAAAAGCUGCCAUCCUCCUCCUCUCCUGCAUGCCAGAGUCCUCCCCAGAGCUUCCCCAAUGCAGGCAUUCCUCAGGAGUCCCAGAGAGCCAGCUACCCCAACUCUCUUGCUUCAGCUAUUUCACUCACAAGUUCUGAUGAAGGUGCCAAGGGUCAAAAGGGGGAAAGUCCCAACUCCUUCCAUGGCCCGUCCUCCUCUGAGAGCACAGGAAGAGAUCUUCUGAACACGAAGACGGGCGAAUUGGUGCAGUUCCUGCUCAACAAGUAUAUAAGGAAAGAGCCCAUUACGAGGGAAGCCAUGCUGAAGGUUAUCAACAGAAAGUACAAGCAGCACUUCCCUGAGAUACUCCGGAGAAGCACCGAGAAUGUAGAGGUGGUCUUUGGCCUCUACCUGAAGGAAAUGGACCCCAGCCGUCAGUCCUAUGUGCUUGUUAGCAAGCUGGACUUUCCCAAUCAAGGAAGCUUGAGCGAUGGCAGGGGCUUUCCCCUGAGCGGGCUCCUGAUGGUUCUCCUGAGCACCAUCUUCAUGCAUGGCAACCGUGCCACUGAGGAAGAGAUGUGGGAAUGCCUGAAUGCGUUGGGGAUGUAUAAGGGUAGGAAGCACUUCAUCUAUGGGGAGCCCCAGGAGCUUGUCACCAAAGAUUUGGUGCGAGAGGGGUACCUGGAGUACCAGCAGGUGCCCAGCAGCGAUCCUCCACGCUACGAGUUCCUGUGGGGCCCCAGGGCCCGUGCUGAAACCAGCAAAAUGAAAGUCCUGGAGUUUGUGGCCAAGCUCAAUGAUACCGUUGCCAGUACCUACAAGUCCCGGUAUGAAGAGGCUCUGAGAGAGGAGGAAGAGCAAGCCAGAGCCAGAGCGGCAGCCAGGGCUAGCGCCAGGGCCAGGGCUAGCAGGUACUUUCAGCCCUAGUGAAGUCUCAGGCAAUCCUCACUAAGAGAUUGAAAAGCCUGUCCACCAUCUCAGUAUUUGGGGGUGAGGUGGGGCUAGAGAGAGCCCAAGACGUGUCUUUCUUUUGUUCUGGUUAUUUGCAAGCCACUUAUAGAUUCCUCUUUCUCUUCUGUGUCUACCGCGUGUUCCUUUGAAAGAGAUUGACUUUGAUUCAGAAUCUAAGUUCAUGAAUUAGGUGCCUCACACAAUUAUUGCUGUUUAUCACAUUGAAGAGUGAUGUUCUUGUAUUUUGUAAAACAAAUUGGAAAUUUUUACUUAUUAGAUUGUGAUCUAGUGCAAGAAGAAAUAGCAUUGGAAUAGCGAUUGGCUUUAAACUGUGAAACAACUGAACACUGCAUCAGUUGGGAUCACAAGAUGGUGGGAAAAAAGUGUCGAUUGAUUGGCAACCUUUGACGUUUAAAAAUCUUAUUUAAGUCUUUUGUUGUGAUAAAAUGAAAAGCUGUAUACUCACAGUUGCUAUGUGUAUUCAAGAAUGUUGGAGAAAUUAAAUCAUCAUAAAGGAGAACAGUUGCUCACUGGCUCUUUUGUUCCUUGUGCUAGGCAGUUCUUGUGUUGCUCUAAAGGCAUACCUGAGACUGGGUAAUUGCUAAAGAAAAGAGGUUGACUUGCUCACAGUUCACCAGGCUAUAUGAGCAUGGCACCAGCAACUGCUUCUGGGGAGGUCUUGGGGAGCUUUUCCUCAUGCCAGGAGGGGAAGGUGGUGCAGGCAUGUCAUGUGGCAACAGUGGGAGGAAAGACAGCCAAGCAGAGCGGGGGUGGGAGGUGCCACAUGCUUUCAAAUGACCAGAUCUUGGAGAAGUCACUCACUAUGGCCAGGGCAGCACCAUGCCAUGAGGGACCCUCCUUGAUGGUCCAAACACCUCCCACCAGGCCCUACCUCCAACACUGGGAAUUAUAUCUCAACAUGACAUUUAGAAGGGACAAACAUCUGAAUUAUGUCAUUCACCAAACAUGAAUUGAACAUCUGACAGUCUUCAUGCUAGUUCCGGGAAAGCACAGACAAAGAAGACCCAGCCCCUCACAAUGAUAUUUUAGAAUCCAAGAGCAGCUCUCCUAUUAGGAACACGGUGGGGUUGGGGUGGGAUGCGCGGAAGAGACACAUUGGAAUACCUAAGGGGCAAUCAAGGUACUGGAGAGGGAGGAGAUUCAAGAUAGGAUCCUCCCUGCAUUGCCCCUCCUCUACUAUAAAUGCCCUGGGACAGGGCAGGCUGGGAACUUGAGACACUGCCAGUCCCUCAGUAGGAGGGCAUUUCAAGUUAGCCUGCAUCAGGGGCUAGAUGAGGCUGUUGUUGAAAUGGUGAGCAGAGACCAGACCCUCAGGUGGUGGGUUUCAGAGUGGACAGACUAGGCCUUCAAGGGAAAAGUGGUCCCACCAGUUCCUUAGGGAUGAGGUAGACCAGAGGGGCAUCCCCACCUGGGGCAGGAUUGGAAGGACUCCUGUGCUGUGUCCCCAUGCCAGUGAGCACAGUGCACUAUAUAGAUGGUUUGCCUGCUGUGUUAGGUUGUUUCUGAGAAUGAGGGUGAUGCUCCCUUCAGGUAGGAUGUCCAGCAGCCACUGGCCUGGUCCUUUUGUCCCUGGCCUGGGGGAGCCAGACUGCUCCAUUAAAAGGGAAUGGAAAGGAGGUGUACUGCAUAGGAUGGCCAGUUCUUUGCGUAGUCCAGAGUUUUGGUGGUGGCGAAUGAAACUAGGGAUGGGUUCAACGCAAGGGCAGCUGGGAGGGAGGAAAGGUGUUUGUCCUCUGCACACCUUCUAGCGUCUUCGUGGUGCAUCUGACUGGGGAAGUCUUCUUCACACCCAGUUAAAAUGACUGAUCCUCUCAUGGGGAAUGAUUACUCAGUUGGAUUUAGCAAGCAGCAUUUUGGCUCAUUUGGUUUUCUUUGUAAUAGAAGGCGUGGUGGCUCAUGCCUGUAAUCCCAGCACUUUGGGAGGCUAAGGCGGGCAGAUCACUUGAUUCAUGAGUUUGAGACAAGCCUGGCCAAAAAGGUGAAACUCCAUCUCUACUAAAAAUACAAAAAUUAGCCCAGUGUGGUGGCAUGUGUCUGUAAUCCCAGUUACCCGGGAGUCUGAGACAAGAGAAUUACUUGAACCUGGGAAGCAGAGGUUGAAAUGAGCCAAGAUUGUACCACUGCACUCCAGCCUGGGCGACAGCGUGAAAACUUGUCUCAAAACAAAACAAAACAAACAAAGAAAAAGCAUUUGGCAAAAUCUAACACUUUUUAAAAAUAAUAAACAUACUUAACUAGGAAUAGAAGAGAACUUCCUCAAGCUAAUGAACGGCACUUAUAAAAAACUGACAGUGAAAUCAUAUUUAAUGGUGAAAGUUUCUGCUUAAGAUGAGAAACAAUACAAGAAUAUCUGCUCUUGCUACUUCUAGUCAACCUUGUAGUGGAGGUUCUAGCCAGAGCAGUUAGGCAAGGAAAAGAAAUAAAGGCAUCCAGUUUGAAAAGGAAGAUGUAAAGCUAUCUCUAUUAGCAGAUGAUAUAAUCUUGUAUAUAGAAAAUCCUAAGGGAUCCACAAAAAAUUAUUAGAACUAAUACAUGAGUUCAGUAAUCAGGAUACUUGAUCAGGAUACAAGAUCAAUAUGCAGCAAUCAAUUUUAUUUCUAUACACUAGCUAUAAACAAUCCAAAAAUGAAAUUAAGAAUACCACUCCAUUUAUAACAGCAUCAAAAAGAAUAAAAUACUUGGGAAAAAAUUUAACAAAGGAAACCCAAGACUUGUAUGCCAAAAACUACAAAACAUCAUUGAAAGAAUGUAAAUAAAAGACAGACCAUGUUCAUGGAUCGAAAGGCUUAAUAUUGUUAAGAUGAUGAUACUCCCCAAAUUGAUCUUACAGAUUUAAUGCAAUCCCUAUCAAAAUCCAAAUUGCCUGUUUGAAGGCAAUUGCCAAUUUUCCUUCAAGUUGAUUUAAAGAAAUCAACAAGGUGAUUCUAAAAUUCAUUCAGAAGUACAAGGGACUCAGAAUAGAAAAAAAAAUCUGAAAAAGAACAAAGAUGGAAAAGUAAUAUUUCUUGAUUUCAAAACUUACUACAAAGCUACAGUAAUCAAAAUAGUGUAAUACUCACAUAUGAAUAGAUAUAUAGAUCAAUGGAACAGAAUUGAGAGUCCAGAAAUUAACCAUUAUAUUUGUGGUCAAUUCAUUUCAACAAUAAUACUAAGAAAAUUAAAUGGGGAAAUAAUAGUCUUUUCAACAAAUGGUGCUGGGUCAACUGGAUAUCUCCAUGCAAAAGACUAAAUUUGGAGUCCUAACUCACAUCAUAUAUAAAAAAUAACUCAAAAUGGAUUACAGACCUAAAAAUAAGAGAUAAAACUAUAAAACUCUUAUAAGAAAACGUAGAAGUAAAUCAUGACCUAUGAUUAGAUGACGGUUUAUUAGCUAUGACACCAAAAGCAUAAGUGACAACAGAAAAAAAGAGACAAAUUGAACCUUAUCAAAAUUAAAAACUUUUGCGCUUCAAAGAUAAUAUCAAGAAAGUGAAAAGACAACCCACAGAAUGGGGAAAAUAUUUGCAAAUCAUUUAUCUGAUAAGGGACUUCCACGUAGAAUAUACAAGUGACUGCUAACCAGUACAAGCUUUCUUUUUGAGGGGAUUAGGAUGUUUUAAAAUUAGAUAGUGAUGAUGGUUGUACAAUUUUAUGAAUAUACUAAAAGUCACAGGUCUAUUUCUAAAAGGUAAAUUUUAUAGCAUAUGAAUUAUAUAUCAUUAAAGCUAUUUUUAAAAAAAUGAAGUGGGCUUUUCUCCCUGCCUUUUCAGCUGCCCAGAGCCAGCUUCUUUAAAUACCCAUGAGCAUCCUUUUCCAGAGAUUACAAAGUGAAGAUGCAGACAUAUUUAUUUUCAAACUUCCCACAAAGGAACCCAUUCUUUAUCUCUUGGCUAGUUAUUGAAAGCAUCUGGACCGAGGAUAUGCAAGACACCUUAAAGCUAGGACAGUUUUGCAUCCAAAACUACCGGGUUACAGUUGUUGUUUGUCUUUUCAAUUCCUUCAAAAAUCAGUGCCUAGGGCAGGAAUUUACAGCAUUUGUUUACUCUGUUCCUAUGUCCCUGAGGCAGAGCAGAGAGAUAGACAAAUAAAAAUUGGUUGUCCCACACAGCUCCCUUUCUUUCAAGGUGUCUCACAGACACCUUGAUUGGACUGUGGCUUCUUGGGAACAGCCCAGGAUAGAAACACCACUCUCCCCAGUUAAGUCACUUCAUGGGCUGGAGGGAUCAUGGAGCCCAGGGCACAGGAAGCACUGAUUUUUAAAAAAAUAAUAACAACUGUUGUAAUUAGAUUAAUUGCAUAUUCUAGGCAUCUUUGUAAUAAAAUAUGACAUCUUUUCCUCUUUCCUGACAGAUUAAUGGUUCAGAGAAUGAUAUUAAAAGCCAACUUUUUCUUAGCUCUGUGUCUCCUGGUUGCUCAGCCUCACUCUGUAUUUAUGGAAUGAUUUAAGUAUUAGUUCAAUAAUUCAUCAUGAAGCAAACAGAAUAAUGUUCCCACUUCACAAACCCAGAGAACUACACCGAUUAGGUCAUUUCACUUCUGCAGAGACUUGUUUUGAUAAAUUCAAAUACCCAAAGGGCACAGACAUUAGCCUCGGUGGAUUAAUGGCUACUAAUUCAAUCUUCUGGAAAGAAA